AUGGAGGAAGAAGUUGCUGCCCUCGUCAUCGACAAUGGUUCCGGUAUGUGCAAGGCCGGUUUCGCCGGUGAUGACGCUCCCCGAGCUGUUUUCCCCUCCAUUGUCGGAAGACCCCGUCACCAUGGUAUCAUGAUCGGUAUGGGUCAGAAGGACUCCUACGUCGGUGAUGAGGCUCAGUCCAAGCGUGGUAUCUUGACACUGAGAUACCCCAUCGAGCACGGUGUCGUCACCAACUGGGACGACAUGGAGAAGAUCUGGCACCACACCUUCUACAAUGAGCUGCGUGUUGCCCCCGAGGAGCACCCCGUCCUGCUCACCGAGGCCCCCAUCAACCCCAAGUCCAACCGUGAGAAGAUGACCCAGAUCGUCUUCGAGACCUUCAACGCCCCCGCCUUCUAUGUCUCCAUCCAGGCCGUUCUGUCCCUGUACGCUUCCGGUCGUACCACCGGUAUCGUGCUCGACUCCGGUGACGGUGUUACCCACGUUGUCCCCAUCUACGAGGGUUUCGCUCUUCCUCACGCCAUUGCUCGUGUUGACAUGGCUGGUCGUGAUCUUACCGACUACCUGAUGAAGAUCCUUGCUGAGCGUGGUUACACUUUCUCCACCACCGCCGAGCGAGAAAUCGUUCGUGACAUUAAGGAGAAGCUCUGCUACGUCGCCCUCGACUUCGAGCAGGAGAUCCAGACUGCUGCCCAGAGCUCCAGCUUGGAGAAGUCCUACGAGCUUCCCGACGGUCAGGUCAUCACCAUCGGCAACGAGCGAUUCCGUGCUCCUGAGGCUCUGUUCCAGCCUUCUGUCCUUGGUCUUGAGAGCGGUGGUAUCCACGUCACCACUUUCAACUCCAUCAUGAAGUGCGAUGUCGACGUCCGAAAGGACCUCUACGGCAACAUUGUCAUGUCUGGUGGUACCACCAUGUACCCCGGUCUCUCCGACCGUAUGCAGAAGGAGAUUACUGCUCUUGCUCCUUCUACCAUGAAGGUCAAGAUCAUUGCCCCUCCCGAGCGAAAGUACUCUGUCUGGAUCGGUGGUUCCAUUCUGGCCUCCCUGUCCACCUUCCAGCAGAUGUGGAUCUCCAAGCAGGAGUACGACGAGAGCGGUCCCUCCAUCGUCCACCGCAAGUGCUUCUAA